AGGUCUUCUAAUUGGCCACGUGAUCACUAAGAAUGCGAAAUCGAAAGUGAAGUUGUCUUUUCUUAUUUCGCGUAAUGGCUGCAGCAAAUGUGCUCGAAAUAAACCAUCGUCAGUCGAGGGUUUGGGCUGGGGGGAGCUCAUUCCUGGUAUGGGCUCUGCUCACAGUGUGGUGUGGCUCUCCGACAGAAACUUUGGACAUGACCAUAUUUGCGAGCCCAAAGGAUGUCUUAGUGAAUGAUGAUGUUUCUCUGGAAUGUAAAUUUACUGGCCAUAGCACAGUAAACCUCAGCUUAACAAAUGUAGGUGUCCAGUGGAUUGGGGCCAAAAAUGAAAUGAUCUGUGAGUUUGAUGGACAUGAAUUUUCUCCAAAGAGACAAGGAGCAAGAAUUUCUCAGUUGCAAUUACAGAAAGGAGAUGCUUCACUUCAUCUUCCAAAUAUACAGCUAGAUGAAGAAGGGAGAUACACAUGUAUUGUAUUUGUCACACCUGAAAAGGUAAAAAAGAGUUCAGAACUGCGGGUGUCAGCUCAACCAGUGGUCCAUUUGUCCACAAAGGAGAUCACUAUUUUGCUUGGAUCUGAGGGGUCAGUGAGUUGUAAUGUUACAGGAUUUUAUCCACAGCAGCACAAACUCAUCUGGCAAAAGAUACCAAAUAAGGAACCUAAGGAACCUAGGGAACUAAAAGAUGAUAUCUGCACUGGCGCUCUAAUUUCCAAUAAUGAUGGAACCUUCAGUGUUUCCAGUAGACUAAGAAUUGAACCAACAUUGGAUGAUGAUGGUAAUGUGUACAGAUGUGUCAUGACUCACCGGUCACUUCCUGACAGUCUUUCAGAGGAAACUAAACUCUCAGUGCAAGAACUUGAGGAACCUUCUUCAGCAGUAGGACCAGUUGUUGCAAGCAUAAUUUGUACGUUGCUGCUAUGUGCACUAUUGGUUGUUGUUGGAUUUUUCUAUUGGUUCAGACUUAAAGGAGUUCCUCCAGAAAUUGAAUGCAGUAAACUUUCCGACCUUCGCCAUUUCGAAGAAGCCAGCAUCUGUUUCAGAGUUAACAGAUUUAGACCUCAGAAAAUUAAUAUUGUUUUAAGCUUAAAGAGGAAAGGGGAUCAACACAAAACACAAAUUGGUACAUGGCGUAUCCCAGAGGAUAUCGCAAAGAACAGAAGUUAUUUGGCGUCCAAUGGAAAUGCAGAUGACGUGCAGCUUCUCAUGAACUAUUGUGAAGCAGACACGUCCUUUGAGCCUUUGCAGCCAAAACUUUCUAAGGACAGAAAUGGAACUUACAAACUACAUUGUGAAACCAAAAUAUUUCCUGAUGUGGACAGAGAUGAUGAGGCUGAAUUAAUUCUUCACGUUCACCAUAAAACUCUUGCAGAACCUGCUGUGAAAUCUAUAACAUUGGAUGUUAAAGGAGUCCCACCAAAGGUUUCAAACAUUGUGGUGCCACUUCACACCCAUCAUAAUGACCUUGUGGCCUUGACUUGUUCAAUUAAUGGUUUUAAACCAAGACCAUUAACAAUCAUAUGGCAACAAAUACGGAGGAAUAAUGAGUUGAAUGAAAUUGUUCGUUUGGAUCAUAACAACAGAACAACCUUUGCCUCUGACAAUGGGAAGAAGUCUAACUGUAACCAUCAAAUAAGCGAAGUUGAGUAUGAAGAUAAAUCAUACGGUAUCACCAGUGUACUAGUUAUUAGGCCAGAUAUACUGCAAGACACAGGUACAAAGUACAUUUGUGUGGUACAGCAUGACUGCACUCACAGUGAAGAGCAGAAAGAAAUAACUCUGAAUGUUACAGCCCCUCCAAAAGUGGACAAGAUAACACAUGGAGCAGAAAAACUACUUGCAGGAGAGCCCAUGACUUUAAGCUGUCAAAUACAUUCUUUUUAUCCCCAUAAUAUCACAGUAACAUGGUUCAAAAAUGGUGAAAAAAUGAUAGAAGAACCUGAAGAAUGUGAGCCAACUGUGGGAAGUGAUGGACUCUGUUACUUGACAAGUAGUGUGAAGAGUACACCUACCAGGGCUGAUGUUAAGAAGAAAUAUAUGUGCCGAGUAGAACAUAAAAGCCUAAUGGAGCCAUUGGAGGUUGACUGGGUACUCGAUCAGCUGGUGUCAAUGCCAAAGGUAACAGAAGUUACAGCAGAUCCUGUACACCCAGAAGUGGGAAAAUCUGUACAACUUUCCUGCAAAGCACACAGCUUCUCUCCAAAAGACAAUCAAAUAUCCUGGUUCAAAGGGUUUGUUAAAACCAUGGAUGGAGUUGAAACAUCUGAAGUCCAGUUUGAUAAAACAACUGAUUCGUACUAUCUAUGGUCCAAAAGGACAUUCAUUCCAACUUGUCAGGACCAUGGAAAAGAGUUCAAAAUGCAAAUCCUUCACUCUGCAACUUCAAACAAACCUGUCUCAUCCAGUCAUAUUUUGAAAAUAAUGGGAAAUCCAUCUGUUGAAGAUAUCAAACUUGACCCACCAGAAGCCACGUAUGGUAGAGCUCUUGCUUUGAUCUGCAACGUCACUAACUUUUACCCACAAGCCAUUGGUACAGCUUGGCUAAAAAAUGGAAACCGGAUAGUCGAAGGGAUUACGGUUGAAGGACCUGUGAUGGAGAACGAUAAAUCUUAUCGGUUGACUUCCCGAUUGCAAGUAACUCCAACUGCACUAGAUUUUGAUGAAGAAUUUUCUUUCCGUGUGGAGCAUGUUAAUUUAGAAACUCCAGUUACAAAGUGGACAGUUCUAACACUUAAAGCUUAUUCUCCUACCUUGUCUCCAAUUAAAGUUGAUCCAAAACUGCCUGAAGUUAAUGAGCCUAUCACAUUCAGUAUCUCAUUUACAAACUAUGCUCCUGCUGCUGUGCAAGUAAAGUGGUUUAAAAAUGGGACAUCUUGUACAGGAGUGACUAACAGUCUGCCUAAGAUUGCUGAUGAUGGUCUUUUUUCAUCAGAGUCAAGCUUAACAUUUAUUGUAGCUGAGAAGGAUCAUGAGAGUUUAAUCAGAUGUGCGGUGUUUCACUUAGCAACAAAAGAAAUUCAGGAGGAAAAAUUCAUAUUAUCCCUUAAAGGUGUUAAAGAUGAAGAUGUGCUUUAUGAAAACAUACACAGUGAUGAAGAUGAUUUUCCGAAGGUGUCACAGAUAACUUGCCAACCAAACUGUCCUAAAGCUGGCCAGCCCAUAACAGUUUCCUGUACGAUUGAAGGAGCCACCAUAGAAGAAUCUCACAUCACUUGGUUCAGAGAUGCUUACCCUUUUUACGAUGUAAGCUGCAUUGCAAACACACCACUUCAAUCUGGUACAGGUUUCACCACAGCUCUAACUUAUAUACCAAAGCAAGAAGAUCACAACCGUCAGCUGCAAGUUGAUGUCAUCACUGAGAUGGACCCAAUUAGCAGAUAUUUCAAGCUGAAAUUAAGUUGAGUUGGUGUGGCUUUUUCUGGAAAAUGUAGCAAUGCAUUGUGAUUUGAUGUGAAAAAUGGAAACAGCUUCCUUGUUUUGACCUCACGUCAUGUAUAAUGCAUUAAAAUGUUUCCCAUGGGUGACUGAAAUGGUGUAUGGCCAAUAUCAGUUUUAUUUUUAUAUUUCUUCAUUAUCGACUGAAUUUUCUAUUCAUUAAUACAUUUAUCCUGAGUCUUCAUAAGAUAUAUAUCUCUAGGUUAUAUUAACAAUGAAUGAAUGAAUGAUGAAAUACAUGAAGAAAAGCCAUUAAUUAGAUACUGUAUUUGGAAACUGAAAGAAUGAGUUUUGAGGACAGACCUUCAAAGCCACUCUGUGAAAACAGAAUAACUGAAUGAAAGAGGGUUAUAUUAUACUGUGAAGGACGAGGAGAGGGGAGUGGCUGCUAAAAUGAUCUCUACACUUUGCUAUACAGUGUGUGUUGGGUAAGAAAGAAGUGAGAAGAGAAAAAGAGAAUGUGGUGUUAUCUCCUUCAGUGUUGCCACUAGGAUAGUGCUAGGAUAGCUUGCUUCAUUGAUUGAUUUUUGGUCUCUCAUGGAGUCAGGAUAUCGGGAGCUUGCCGGAAAGUAAAGUUGAGGCAGAAGAUCAGCCACAAUUGUGGGAAUGACUAUUACUGCUUCAUUCAUUCCUUUAUCCUGUGGCAGCAUUUCUUUCUUCAGUUUCUUUUUGUAACCUCAAAAGUGCAAUUGUAAGACUGGUAAUUGACAAACAGACCUUUAGCAGAUAUGGUCUCAUAGCUCAAAGGUUUUUAAUUGAGAUUUAUUGUUUUAUUAAAAUUUAUUACAAACAAAUUAUUUGGGAUUUUUAGUACCCUUGUGAUAUUUAACUGCCAAGAAUUUCACUGUAUAUUCAUGCUUUACUUAAAUCUUUACCCUUUUUUAAAAAAAAUGCAUUUGUAUCUCUUUUGGUGUAUACCUAUUUCUGCAUUUGACUGAACAGCAAAUGUAAUUCUAUUUUAGUAAUCAAAUGUUUUAAAUACUUUUUAUAUGUUUUGAUGUGUACCAAAAUGGAGAAGUAGAACAGAAUAGCUAAAAUACAAAUUUAACAGAGCUUGCUUUUAGCAAUAAAUUGAUGUUGGUCAAAAAGACAGAAGUGUGUCAUUUGAAGUGAAAAUUUGCUAAAGCUUGAAGUUGCAAAAUUUGGCUGGCAUGGGCACGAUCACCUACUGUGCUAUAAAUCUUUGUUCCUUUUGUGAUAUAGGAUUAAGCAGCUAAUAAAGAUUUUGUAUUAUUGGUUUAAA